AUGGCGGCAGUCGAGCGCGAGAGCCGACCAUUGGAGGCCGCCUCCAUGGUAGGCCUAUUGGUGGAGAGCGAAGGCGUCCUAGAACUCAUCUAUCGCUGGUACUACCUCAUCCUCGGCGCUGUCUUCAUCGUGAGCGCCUUGACUUACAGCAUUCGCUCCUCCAAAACCGAAGAGGAUGCCGUCGCACCCACCGUCACAGGACCUGGUGGAAAGCCUCUCCCCUUAACAAAGAGGAAAAAGAAACAUGAAUACACCAGCGAACAUGAUUCGUCGAACCUUCCGAGCAUUGGCCCCCACGCGAAGAGAGUCUUCCAGCUGCUCUCAGUCAUCCUCACUCUCACAUUCUUUGCCAAUGGCGUCGCGAUCGGUCUUCACUCCUGGAAAGCAAACCGAGACCUGCCUUGGGGUCAGGUAAACUGGUGGUGUGGCGAGCCCAUGGUGGUCUAUGUUCUCGGAAGUGCCUGUGUAUACCUCUACUUCACAGUUACCCUCUUCGAAUGGAAAAAGAGCCCUGGAAUCGCCCAUAUCCUGACCUGGAUUAUUGCCUUUGUUCUUGAGGCUAUCAUUUUCCUCAACAGCUUCUUGCGUGCUGAGAGAUGCAAAUCCCUUCACAUCGACACUGGUAGCAAUUUUGGUGGCAGGUGCCUUGAUAUCUGGGAGCAGGUUGACCUUGGACUAUCCCUCACUCGUGUUGGUAUCCUCGCUGGCCUAUGCUCCAUUUAUGCAUGCAUGUGGAGCAGGGUCCAUCCCGAUGUGCUUUCCAAGGAGGAAGACUUUGGAAGCCGUCGUUUCAGCCAACCACCCCUACAUCGAAUGGCAUCAACCGACAGUGCAGAUACGAUCACUGAGGAGACGACGCCACUUCUGACCACUCUUGGCCGAUCAUACCAUACACAUGAGACGAAUGGUCACCACGAGCGCAGCCUUAGCAGUGCUGGAACUCUAGCGAACUGUGCCGAGACCUCGACAGGUCUCUACAGGGAUGAGCAAGCGGCGUUUUAUCGGCCUAAGAAACUGCCCAAGCGGAAUUGGUGGGACUAUCUACGGGGAUAUACCCUCUUCUGGCCUUAUCUCUGGCCGCGAGAGUCGUUCUGGUUGAAGUUCCGAGUCUUCGUCUGCUUUAUUCUCCUGCUCUUGCAGAGAGGCGUAAACAUCAUGUUGCCGUACCAGAUCGGCAAGGUUACCGACCGACUAGCGAACGCGCACGACCGUGGCGCCGCGGCCGUGAUGAUGAACGACAUGCCGUGGAUCUUACUUUUCAGUGUUAAUCUCUUGAUGCUCACACAGGGACAGGCAGGUCUGCUUGGCUCCAUUCGCUCCAUCAUCUGGGUCAAGGUUUCUCAGUACUCCUACAAGGCGCUCGAGACGGCUGCUUUCGAGCACGUCCACUCCUUGGGCUUGGAUUUCCAUCUGGGCAAGCGGACGGGCGAGGUACUCUCGGCCUUGAACAAGGGUGGCGCAAUCAAUACUUUCCUCGAACAGGUCACCUUCCAGCUUUUGCCGAUGAUUGUCGAUCUCUUCGUUGCCAUCUACAUCUUCAACCGAGUCUUUGAUGCGACCUACGGCACGAUAGUGACAGUUAAUGUAUUUUGGUACCUUUACCUCACGAUCAAGAUGGCGCAGACACGAGCGGAUCAGCGGCGCGAGAUGACGAAUGCCGACCGAGAAGAGGAGGCAGUCAAAAAUGAUUCGAUCACCAGUUACGAGACUGUCAAGUACUUCAACGCAGAGCAGUACGAGUUCCGACGCUACGAAUCGGCCAUCGACAACUUCCAGCGGGCUGAAGCCAGGGUCUCGUACGGCACGAACAUGAUGGCAAUUGUGCAGGCGGUCGUGUUCGUCUCUGGUCUCGCCGUUACCCUCACAGUUGGUGCCUUCCAAGUCUUCAACGGCUUCCGCACCGUCGGCGAAUUUGUUACCUUGCUAUCGUACCUUCAGCAAAUGCAAAGCCCGCUCCACUUCUUUAGCCAAUUCUACCGUGUCAUCCAGCAGGCGUUGAUUUCCGGAGAGAGGUUGUUGGAGCUGUUCAAAAUCCAGCCGAGUGUCCAGGAUCUUCCUCAUACGCAGGAUCUGACAGAGUGCAACGGCCACAUUCGCUGGAGAAACGUCAAGUUCUCGUACGGUAACCAGCCAGCUCUGAAGGAUCUCAAUUUUGAAUGUGCGCCGGGAACCACCACGGCCUUUGUCGGUGAAUCCGGUGGCGGGAAGUCAACAGUGUUUCGUCUGAUGUUCCGAUAUUAUAACUGCAGCAAGGGUAGCAUUGAGAUCGAUGGCCACGAUGUCAAGGACCUAACUAUCGAUUCCGUUCGCCGCUUCAUCGGUGUUGUUCCGCAGGACACGAUCCUCUUCAACGAGACGCUCAUGUAUAAUCUGAAGUAUGCGCGACCCGGAUGUACCGACGAGGAAGUCUACGAAGCGUGCAGGGCUGCCAGCAUCCAUGACAAGAUUAUGGCAUUCCCGCUACAAUACGAGACAAAAGUCGGUGAACGAGGCCUUCGUCUUAGCGGCGGAGAGAAGCAGCGCGUGGCGAUUGCUCGAACCAUCUUGAAGAACCCCAAGAUUAUUAUGCUUGAUGAAGCUACCUCGGCUCUCGAUUCCCGGACAGAACAGCAGAUUCAACGGGGCGUUUUGAAUGUUGGACAAGGACGCACUGUCCUUAUCAUUGCGCAUCGACUAUCCACCAUCACCCACGCCGAUCAGAUCAUCGUCUUAAACCAGGGAGAGAUUGUCGAGAAGGGCACGCACGAGGAGCUCAUUCAGAUGGGCGGCUACUACACUUCGAUGUGGGAGAAGCAAGCCCAGGCGACACGUGCCGCUAACCGCGAGUGUCUGAAACUACUGAAGCAGGCCAAUCUCUCGACCAGGAAGCAUCUCGAUGUGCAGUCCGAGGGAUAUAGCAGCAUGGCCUCGUCUUCUAUUCUUCCAGACGUGUCGCCGAUGUCCGAAUCGAAACCAGUCAGCCCAAUCGAUUACGAGCACUCGUCUGAUGGAGAAUCGAGUCACACAUUCCAUAGCGAGAUGGAUCGACAUUAA